AUGCUCAUCUUCGAAUACGCUCAAGGUUUAUACCCAAUCACAACAUACGAAUCCAUCCUCCUCUCCGAGCUCAUCUACGCCCACCUCGCCUGCACCCUCGGCCCCUCCACCCACACCUCCCGCGCAUCCACCUGGCCCGCCGAACACAGGCACAUAAUCUACCACAUCCUCCAGCGCGCAUUCCUCCACCCGGGCGUCGCAGGCUCCGCCAUCUUCCUCCUCGGCCGCCUCAAGCACAAGCGCCCCACACUGCAACUCGAGGGUCUCGCUGGCCUCAACGCAUUCACGGCAUCGUUCAUGGUCGCUUCCAAGUGUUUAUCGGAUUAUCCACUCCCGAUGAACCGAUGGCUCUAUAUCACCGGUAAUCACUUCGCGGCAUCACAGCUCUCCUACCUCGAAACGCAGCUGUGUUGUGAUUUAGAUUGGGAUUUAGGUCUGGAUAGGAAGGUGUAUGAUGAUUUUACGGAGCUGUUUGCGGCGUGGAUGGUGAAGAGGCAGAUGGAGGCGCUUCCUGUGGAUUUCUUUUCUCGGCCGGAGUUUGACCAUACGACUCCGGUGGGGUUCGCCAAGUUGAAUGGGGACGUGGAGGGUGGUGAUGUGGAUGGGAGUGAGUUGUUCGAUCCGCUCUCGGGGUGGAGGGAGAUGCCCCAGCCCGAGCUUCCCGCCGCCUGUAAUAUUGACCCAUGUCUUGAGGCUGGAACCGCCAGUGGACAUCGAGCGAACACCCAUAGUCCUGAUUACGUGCGCGAAAUCCGAGCAUCGAAAUGUCCUUCCAAUCUACUCCGCUCAUCAAGGUAUUCUCGGAGUCGUUCUCGCAGUCCAAGCCGCAGUGAACACCAUCGAGCCUCGUACCGCCGAUCCACCAAAUUGCAUCCUACAUCUCAACUAUGGAGUGCACACAGCUCUGAAACAGACUCAGUUCCGGAUCCAUAUUUUCCACUCGACGAAAUAAUCGAUUCCGAAUCCGAAUACUCCAACGAAUCAAAUCCCUGCUCGAGCUGGGUUGCGAUCAACAGUCCAACCAUCCCGCCUCCCAGCAAGAACCGAGCCGUCCAGUGUACGAUCCUAGACGAAGGCAUCGAUGACACCACGUCACCUACAAGUGAAUCCGCCAAAUUGAAGAAAUUACUGUCCAGGUUCAGACCACGCCUCCGAAGCACAAGAGCCACCAAAUCUGUUUGA